AUGAAGAAAUCCGUCAUCCUAUGUGCUCUGCUGUCUUCAGUGAUAGCUUUCCCCUCAAAUUUCAACUACCACAAACGAGUGGGAAUUCCUUUUGCGACUCGUUUGAAGCAGAUCGAGCUGGCGAGCGACUUCGACGGAUCCAGAAUAAUCGGAGGGGAUCAUGCACCGUUGGGAGCUUAUCCUCACAUGGCUGGUCUCGUGAUACCGAUGCCAUGGGGCGACUCAGCCUGCGGAGCCUCUCUGAUAAGCCACACGAGAGCCCUAACCGCGGCGCAUUGCUGGGAGGACGGGGCGACAGUUCUAACAGUUGUGCUCGGAUCGACGACGCUGUUCUACGGAGGCGUACGUGUCAAUUCUAGCACCGUUAUCAACCACGAAGGCUGGAACCCGAGGCAGGGUUUGGAACAUGACAUUGCGGUAAUCGUUAUGCCUUGGGUAGGCUUCAAUGAUAUAAUCCAACCCAUCAACCUCCAUACGGGAAGCAAUCAUCUCGAAGGUGCAUGGGUCACAGUAGCUGGAUAUGGAAUAACGAGAAGAGGUGCAUCUUUGGAACCAAAUCAGUCUUUGAAGCACUUCACCACGCAAAUCAUUUCCAACGAAGAGUGCUCGGCGAAACUGGGCCCAUUCGUGACAGACAGAAUGGUUUGUACACGUAGCGGGCCAAACAAGGACAACCCCUGCAAUAGUGACUCGGGUGGACCGCUGUCACUCGGUACCGGGAGCAGAGGCGUAUUGAUUGGAGUUGUGUCAUUUGGAAGUAUUAAUUGUGAAGCGGGACACCCAGCAGCGUUCGCGAAAGUGUCGUACUACAUACCUUGGAUUCGAGCACUCUUAUAA